GAGAAAGAAGAAACAUUGGUGUAGUUUCAGCUAGAAAAGAUGUUGGGACGACUUUUAUUAAUUUUCAGCUCAAUGCAUGUUGCCUAUGCGAUAUCUAUACAAUUACAACAAACAUGGCUUCGAUUUGUGAAGAACAGAGCCAAACGUUGUUGUCAGAGAAUUAGAGGUGAAGACAGGAUCAGUGCGUUGCCGGAUGAUUUGCUCAUGCAUAUAUUGUUGUUUCUCCCGGGCACGAAAGAUGUAGUGGCCACUAUGAUUUUGUCAAAACGAUGGCGGUCUAUUUGGACGAUGGUGCCAAGACUAGGGUACUAUGAUGAUACUCACAAAGUAUUUACUGGUGGUUUAUUUGGUCGUUUACUUGGCCGUUUAUUUGACAAAAGUGAGCAACAACAACGGUGUUUAUGGCGGUUUAUUGACAAGUCGUUACAACUCCACAAGGCACAUGUAUUAGAAUCAUUACUGAUAAAACUCGGUCCUUCUGGAGAUCAUGUUGAUGUGGGAAAGUGGAUUGCAAUUGCUGUUGCUCGUAGGGUGCGCGAGCUAACGUUGAUGAUCACAUGGUCCGCGGAACCGGCCAGUUUGUCUAAGAGCCUUUACACAUGUGAUACACUUGUUGAACUACAUCUUUCCAACAAUAUUAUCGUGGAUGAUCCUUCUCGGGUUUGCCUCUCAUCCCUUAAAAGCAUUUCCCUUUACUGUGUGGUGUAUAAAGAUGAAGAUUCUCUUGUUAGGCUUUUAUCGAAUUGUCCUAUUCUCAAACUUUUAUGGGUAAAAAGACAUCACCAGGACAACGUUAGAAAUUUCAAUAUAAAAGUCACAUCUUUGGAAUGCUUGAUAUAUGUUAAUGUUAAUUUUUUUGGAGUGCACAACGAAGGAAUAGGAGGAUCUUUGGUUAUAGAUUCCCCGGCUUUAAAGAAAUUUUUCUACAGAGAUUAUUCGGAAGAUUCUUGCUCGAUUGAGAACAAGCCUUGUUUUGAUAAAGCAAAUAUCGGUUUUUUAAGUUACCCUGAUGAUAAGUUUAUGAGAUCUAUUUCCUCAGUCAUGAAUUUCGAACUAGAUUUGAGAACUGCAACGGUUGUUUGGUGUAACGCUAAUAUCUUUUCCAAGCUAAUGGAGUGUAAAGUAACACUUUUAGCUGAGUUAGACUGGUUGGAAUCACUAAUGGGAUUGCUACAAAAUUCUCCUAAUCUUAAAGUUCUUUUCAUCAACCAGACAUUAAUCGACUUGAUGAGAAUUUCUCACUUUCAUGGAAGGAACCGAGUUCUGUUCCCUGAUGUUUCUCAGCUCAUCUCGAGAUAUUUGAUUGGAAAGGAUAUAUAGGACGAAGCAAGGAGAAAGAAGCCAUAAAAUAUAUCUUUGCCAACUCCAAGUGUUUAAAGAGAGCUGGAAUUUCUAUGAAAUCAAGCUGCAAGCUUGAAGCUAAAGAGAAGAUGAUGAAAUAGUUAGAAUCUAUGUCUAGGGUUUCGACAACAUCCCAACUACUUUUCUCCUCUCAGUUGGAAUUUCCGAAGGUUGGAUAUGAAUGACUAUGACUAAUCGAUAUCAUGGAUCAUAUAUAUGUGUCCCAUUAGUCAAGCUAUUAUUUUUAAAUAUAUUUUAGUUACUCGAGUUAUUUGAAUCCAUGAUUCAUGAAACUGUUGUUUUGAACAUAUAUUGUUGUUCAAAUAUUAUAUUUUUUUAGAGAUUAACCACACAUGUCAGUAUUCAUGUAGAUAUUGUAAGAGAAAUUCAUAGCUUGUG